AUGAAACUGAUCUCCCAGUGGAAGCAGAUUAUUUUUCUCUUCCAGUUCGGUAUUAUUUGUUGGCUAAUAUAUUUAAAAUAUGAUUCUAACGAAACCAUCAAUUUGCAGUUCUUCUACAAGGCAAAUCCGGUCUCCAAGAGGAUCCCUAACUUCACCUUGACUCCACCUUUGAAAUGUGAUGGUGAAGAUCAUUUUCUAGUUAUACUGGUCGCGACGAGACCAAAUGAAGGUGAAGCGCGGCGGGCGAUCAGAGUUACAUGGGGACAAAAACGGACGUGGCUGGGCAAAAAUGUCCUGACUCUGUUUCUGAUCGGAAAAGAUGGUGAGCGCUGGAAUCCCGGGAAGCAAUCAAUAGAAGAAGAGUAUGUCCAGUAUGGAGAUAUAAUCAGACAGAAUUUCAUAGAAUCUUAUAAUAACCUGACUCUGAAGACGAUAAUGGGAUUUCAGUGGAUUUCAGAAUUUUGCCCCAAUGCUGAAUAUGUGAUGAAAGUUGAUUCGGAUGUAUUUGUAAAUGUGAAGUAUUUAGUCCAUUUCCUGCUAAAGACGAACAAGAUUAUUUCCAAGUUUUUCACGGGCUUGCCCUUCAUCAACACUAAACCGCACCGAGGUUUCGUUGCAAAGGCGUACAUUUCUACAACAGACUACCCUUUCAGUGUGUAUCCUCCGUACUGCAGUGGACUUGGUUACGUCUUCUCUGGGGAGUUGAGUUUAAAGAUUUAUGAGAUGAUGGGCCACGUGAAGCCAGUUAAGUUUGAGGAUGUCUUUGUUGGAAUUUGUUUGAAGCUGUUAGGUGUGAAACUACAUAUACCGGAUAAAGAAUUGUUCUUCAUACAAAAGCCAAAGUUUGACAAGUGUCUGUACAGCAGGUUAAUUGCAGUACAUGGCGUCUCUCCAUGGCAGUUGACCAAAUAUUGGGAGGAUCUCCGAGGCUUGGAGAUCAGUUCCUGUUGA